GUACUUUCUCGAAACUUUAAAGCGUCUGCUGUUUCCAGAUUUACUUUCCUUGUUAACCACAGUACUUGUGAAACAUACUAUUUUGUAAGUAGGAGGCCGUAAGCCGUGUGAUUUUCAAACCGCAACAUGAGUGUUUUUUUUCGUCGGCCGAUCACAAAAUCUCCAGGGGCCACCGUGCGCAUGGGUACAAGUCGCCCCCGCCCUCCCCUUCUCGGGCACUCCCUUUAAGCGCCGUGUUUCCGGUGUCAUUCAGUCAGUCCACGAUGGCGGACCUCCUUGGCUCUAUCCUGAGCUCCAUGGAAAAGCCUCCCAGCGUCGGCGACCAGGAGAGCCGGCGGAAGGCCCGAGAACAGGCCGCCCAGCUGAAGAAGAUGCAGGAGGAGGAGAGGAGGAAGAAAGCAGAAUUCAGGAAGAGGAUGGAGAAGGAGGUGUCUGACUUCAUCCAGGACAGUUCUCUCCAGAAGAAGAAGUAUGAGCCCAUGGGCAAGAUUGAGAGGAGCAUCCUGCACGACGUGGCUGAGGUCGCGGGACUGACCUCCUUCUCUUUCGGUGAGGAUGAAGACAGCCGCUACGUCAUGAUCUUCAAAAAGGAGUUUGCUCCCUCAGACGAGGAACUAGAUGCGUACCGUCGGGGAGAGGAGUGGAACCCCCAGAAAGCUGAAGAGAAACGCCGUCUGAAGGAGCUGGCGCAGCUGGAGCAGCAGAGGGACACGGAGGCCGACAGCAGUGCCGUCUGCCCCAACAGCAACUACAGGGACAAGUAUAGCCACCUCAUCGGCACCUCAGCUGCCAAGGACGCCGCGCACACUCUGCAGGCUAACAGCACCUACGGCUGCGUGCCCGUGGCCAAUAAGCGUGACACCCGCUCCAUCGAAGAGGCGAUGAACGAGAUCAGAGCCAAGAAACGGCAGAGGAGGGGGGAGGAGGAGAGUGGGGGGGGCAGCAGCACCUCCUGAAUAUAGUAGGGUUGUGUAUAUGGGGGACAUGGGUGGGGGGGGUGGUUAGUGAACUCAGGCUGUGUGUGUCUGGCCUGUCUGGGUACGGCGCGCUCCGGAACCCCCGCGGCCUGGAGAGGACGUGGUUUCCCAGCAUGCCGCGAGGCUGCAGCUGUGUGUCGGACGUCAGCGGUGGGCGUUUGCAUUUCCGGGGCCCCUCGUAGAGGUCGUCGUUCAGUCCGAGCCAUCUCUGAGCCCCUCCACCACCCUGCCUCGGUCCGUUCGUAGGCCCGGGAGCUUCUCCGAUUCAAACACUCGCUGCUCGUUACAGAGCUCUUCGCUUUGUUAGCGUGGGGAUGGCCCAGUUUAGUCGCAAUGGGAGAGACGCAUGUUUUUAAUUCCUGUGGAGAGGGAGAGGGCGGGCUAUUGAACUUUCUUGAGGUGAGAAAAACUGUCUCUAAAACUGUCUUUGAAGUUUUAGAAGGAGCAGAUUAUGGUUCCCGAUUUGUAGUUUUAGAUAGUGAAGUGAUCAUGCAUGAUCGUUAAACAGAUUACAGCACAGAAAUUGGCACAUGCCUCAGGUCUGAGAGGCUGGCCUGUCACCCUGCAGCAGGAAUAAGAAGUAGGGUUACGGCUGUAAAAUAACCUUGGUUUUUAGACCACUGGCACAGGGCCAGGGGCUCCCCCUAGUGGCCCAGCUAGGGAAGGCGUACAUGGAGAUAAAGCUGAUUCCCUGGAUGCUCUCUGGACGCUGGCUCCUGUCUGGGACCUGGGGUCCCUCCGGGAUCCAUGGAUGGCUCCGUGGACGUCCAGAGGGAGGGGUACACGGGGUCACAGACCGGGACCCCACAUGUGUUGUGAGACUGUUCCCCUUUGCACGUCGGUGCCACAGUAAGGGCUAACGGAUCACACGGCUGCACACUGGUCCUGCAGCCCAUAGGCGUACAGGAGGUGCUGGUCCGUUGGUAAGCGGCUUAAUCUGGGCCGGGUCGGGAGUCGGCGCUGCCCGGCUGCGCUGGACAGCCGCAGUCCAGACGGUCUGCAAGGCCAUCUGAACCUGAUCCGUAAAGCAGGCGAUUGGGGAAAGCGCUGACCGGACUGGGGUCCAGAGGCCCCCGUGCUGACUGGACUAGGCUAGCUGGCUACAUGGUAGGGGACCCCAAAUUUGAAGAGAUUUUUAGAGUAAGUUGUACCUCUCUCUGAUUGCGACGUAAACUAGUUGUGCUGCCCUUCCUCCCUACCAUCAUCUUCCUCCCUCAUGGUGAGGAUACAGUUUCGUUUUUGUUUUUAGUGUUUUAUCAUUGUCAACUGUUCAUCCUUUUUUUUCUUCUUUUCCGGGGGGACUGGAGGGUACAGCAGUGCGUGGAGUGGUUGAAGAGAACCCACGUGCUAAGUGUGGCUUUGGGUUUGAGGAUGUUCACACUGAGAAGUAUUUGAUGUUCCUUCGCUUUAAAGGUAUUAAAUGCUUAAGAUGUGCUGUGCCACCAGGGCCUGGUUCGAAGAGAGACCGACUCCCGUUGCACAGCAGUCUGAUCCACACCAGGUUUUAGCAACUACAGAUAUUUCUUGUAUCAAAGCAACAGUGGGAUUUGGAGAUGUAUAACUUUAUUUUUUUAUUUUAUUUAUUUACUUAUUUGAAGUCACAUACAAACAUCCAGAUAAAAAACAAUUGAAUAUACUGGCCUUUUCUGUUAAAUCGGUACAGUUUUUCUGAGAGCCUCCUGAUGCUGCUAAAAUCCAGAGUGGAUCAGACUGCUGUUCAGAAGGAGUCUGAUCAUUAACAUUGUAAAAACCCGGAGUGGAUCAGACUGCUGUGUAUGGAGAUGUCAGGAACCAAUAACUGGUGACCCCUCCUCUGUUGAUCUCUGGACCAAAGGCUCACAGCUGCUGUCCUUGGGAUCCGGAAUCCAGCAGCUUUCAGUUGGUCCAAUUAAAGCUUGAUUGGAUGACUUUAUCUCUUCUCCGCAGCACAAAACCCUCUAAAUUAAAUGUGGACAAGGGUAAUCAGAUCUGGGGGCUGGGCUCAGAACAAGGGGUCACUCGAUCUAGUGGGGGGGCUCUCAAAGUCCCGAUCGAGACUCGCCUGGUUCAGGGAAAGCAGGAUUCCCCAGUACCAGCCCCGCUCCAGCUGAGCCCUGAAUGAAGACCAGCUCAAUUCCUGGUUCUUGUUUUAAUUCGAUAUUUUCUGUCAUUUAUGCUUGUGUAAUAGCAGCCGGUUUUAACAAGUUAUUUAUGCUUUUUUAAUAGUUAAUCUGAAAUAACUAAUUAUCAGAUGGAUCAUGGGUCAACAGAUUCUGGGGUCGCCAGGGGCAGGAUUAGGCGGACCUGAGUUUUAAAGUACCGCAGUAGACCUAGAAAUCUCCUUGGGGUACAGGAAAGGGAGGACCCCACUCGAUUAUUAGUGUCAUGUGUUGCGAUGUCCGAGUUGUUUUUUUAAAUUAAACUUUUGUGUUUGUGAUCUUAAAUGGCUUUUUGAGGAUAUUUAUUGUGAACUAUAUUGUAACAUUAAUGGUGUCUGAUGGCGGGAACUCCUGUUCCUCCUCCCCACACCUCUCCUCUGGCCUCUAGCGGUUAAAAUCGGCCUCAUCUGGACUAAUUAAGCCCAUGAUUACAACGUGAGAAUGAGGCAAUGGCCUGCUCUUUGUAACCAUCCACCCUGUUUGUUCGUUAGUAGCUAAUUGAUCCCAAGAUCCUGUCCAGCAGUUUGUUGGAGGAAGUCAGGGUGUUGCCUUCAACAUGACUGGGCAGCUUGUUCCACACACCCCCACUCUUUGUGUAAAGAAGUGCCUCCACCUUCAGUUUCAAAUGUAUUUACACAUUGUUUCCAUUUGUGUCCCCUGGGUCACUGUCCAUUCUGAAAAAGGCUGCCGUGUGGAUUUUGUCAGUAGUCUUGAUGUUAACAGGCUGUUCAAGACCUUCUCCUGUUAAAGAUGGCAAAGAUGCACUGCUUCUCCACUAAGGCCCCGGUCUCUUGCUGAGAGCUGCAGAGCUCUCGAAGGGUCAGGGGGCAGAUAGCUGAGCCAGGUGGGUGGAUCAGAGGGGGGUCAAUCUACACGAAAGAGGGUACAAACGUGGAAACCUGGGAAGCAGAGCAGCAAAGGUCAGGUGACCUCUGCCUCAGAAGAGAUCAUGCAGUCUCUGGGAAGGGGCACAGCAAGAGGACAUGUGCUCACUGGGGACACAGCAGAAGUCCUACGUCCUCUGGGACAUGGAGCAGGAAAGGACAACCUCUGGUACAAAUCAAAAGUCACAUGACCUUUACUGUGCCACAUGCCAGAGGUCUUGUGACCUUUACUGCGCUGCAUUUCAGAAGUCACAGAGGUCACGCUAUCUCUCUCUCUCCCAGAUUCCUUGUGACCUUUACUGUGCCCAGAUCCAGAUUUUUAUAGCUGUAGAAUGUUGUAUUCCAUAUGUGUUGAAAUAAAAAUGUAUCUGCCUUUAAA